GUUGGGAGCUGGCUAGCUUUCGCUAGGUUGCUAGCAACCUGGUUUUGCAGCGCAUGUGACAGUUUCUUGCCACAGAACGUUUUGUCUUCGCAUUAACGUGGAGUUGAAUGAAUCAACAUUUCUAUAAAAUCGUGAGCUCGGUCACCAACGUCCGCAAUAUCCACGAGCAAUAAGUUGUAUUACUUUUGGGUAACUUUGGCUUGGUAGUUAAUCACUGAACAUUUUAAAACCAUGGCUGUCCAGAUAUCGGAAUCGGAUCAGAUAAAACAGUUCAAGGAAUUCCUGGGGACUUACAACAAACUGACAGAAAACUGCUUCAUGGACUGUGUGAAAGAUUUCACCACUAGAGAAGUCAAACCAGAGGAGACGGCCUGUUCGGAAAGCUGUCUCCAGAAGUACCUAAAGAUGACCCAGCGGAUCUCCAUGCGCUUUCAGGAAUACCAUAUACAGCAGAACGAGGCCCUAGCCGCCAAAGCUGGUUUACUGGGACAGCCCCGUUAGGAAUGCCUCUUGUGGCCAGAGGCAAACCUGCAGUCAGACGAUGACACUGCCCCCCAUACACACCUGCAGGCUUUACCUGAAGAGGAUGGGGACGGGGAGCACACCUACCUCAAGACCCCCAGCCAACAAUGUAUGGGCAGCCUACACGGUCAGACAUGAUACCCCACCAAGGGCAAUGACCCUUAAGACAGUUUGGCCCAAGUGGGAAAACAUCAAGCCGAAUCUUGUUGCAGGCUAAAGUUGAACUUUUGAACUUCUGUGGACCACAUUCUCUUCCUUUAGUACUUGUGAAAAUCAAUAAAAUAUGAAACUAGCAUCAUAUAAUUAAGGUA